AUGGAAGCCCUCCAAGCACCACUUCCCACCGGUUCAGAAAGAUCGCCAUAUCAGCCCAUCGAUUCAGAUGCCGGAGAGAUUCGCUUGGUCAAGUUGUUGCCAGGUGGAUACGAUGAUCCGAUUGACCUGACGCUACACACCGUCAAGCUGGAACAGCGGGUAACAGAUGAGGGAUCAGAUGAGAACAUGUCAGACCUGGCAAACUCGCAUCAGGAGAAAUCAGACGAUGAGCACUGGUACGAGCCUGCCCUCUACUGCGAAUUCGAAUACGAAGCGCUCUCGCGAUUAGCCCUCGAAAAGUCCUACUUGACGGGAUCGAGCUGUGUGUUACCGAAAGCCUCGAUCAAGGGCUGA